AUGACAGGGACCCCGUUUGCUGUGUUUGGCGUCCCGCUGGCCCAGUCGCUCUCCAAUGCCGGUCAGGCGCCCAACGAGGUGCCGGCUGUGGUUGAUGCUGCCAUCACAGCGCUGCUGGCGCUGCCGAGCCUGCCGGACGGGUUCAGCAUUUCGCUGUCAAACGAUUACCAGAGCGUGCAGAACGUGCGGAUGCAGGCCGAUGAUUGCGAGAGCCCGGAGCUGUCGGGCCUCUCGGCGAGCGAGCUCGUCGACGUGGUGCGGAUGUUUGUCUCCGCGCUGCCGGCGGCGCUCAUUCCAGCCGACACGGCCAAAGCCAUGAUUUUGCUAACGACGACGGCGCCGUCGACCGGCCGCGCCGACAAGUACCGCUACCUGCUGGGCACGCUGGCACCUGCGGAGCGGGCGCUGCUGACGCGGAUCCUGGAAGCCAUCCGCCGGAUGGUCAAGGCGCCUGGCGUGAGCAUGGCCAACGCGGUGGCCGCCUUUGGCCCGGCCUUUAUCCGGGAUCCCGAGUCGAGUACACUGUCCAAGCUCCGGCUCGAUGCACUGCAGCCGCUGGUUGCGGUUCUCGCCGGCGAGUACGCGUCGCUCUUCUCGACGCCGGUAGAGGGCUCGGUUGAGUACGUGUCGUUUGGGGUGACGCGUGCGACGCUUGUUCCGUUCUCGAGCUCUUUUCUGGCGGCCGACGCGUCAGACGUGGUGUUCAUCAUGCGGCAGGCCGGCAACGCGCCGCUGUGGUACGGUGAGUCGAGCUCGGGCGCCGGCCACUUUCCGCCGGCGGCCGUCCAGGUUGUGGGCUUCCUCCCGCCGCUGCACGGCUCGGCGGCGGCGGCGCCGCGCCCCAAGGCCGUGACCUCGAACGCCACGGCGCUCCGUGGCGCGCCGCUCACCAUCUCCAUCGGGGGCAAGACUGUGUACAACGGCGCCAUCCAGCACUCGUCGGCGUUCAAGGAGGCCAUGGCCUCGGCCUCGCCGUCGAUCGCCAUCACUCUUGUGACCGGCGAGACAACCUCGCUGCUCGCUGUCGGCGACAACGCAGUGCUCGAGCACAAGAUGCGGCUGGUGGUUGAAGACUCGCUCCUCCACGCUGUCACCGCCAUGGACCCGGCCAUGCCUGCCGGCGCGGCUCUCUCGAUCGCCGUCACCACCGAGGCCGGCCCAUCGACUGUCCUCAUGUACGUGCCCAAGGGCUCCAAGCUCGUGCACGUCAACGGGGCUCUGGCGACCGCGUUUGGCGUGCCGGCCGGCCUGUGCGAGACGACUGUCGGCGAGGUCUCGUCGACGACAGCCGGCGAGUCGGACGCGCUGCAGCUCGAGGCCGACGUGCCCGACGCCCAGUUUGCUUUUGCGGUGACCGGGCGGGCCGCGGCUGUCGAGCCUGCGGGCGCGUCAACAGCGACUGCGGCAGCGGGAGGUAGUGGCACGGGCGCGGGCGCAAGCGCGGCGGCAACGGGCGCAGGCGCAAGCGCGGCAAACAGCACGGGCGCCAGCAGCUCUGGCGCGAGCGCUGGCGGUGAUGGCGGCGACGACGGCGGCGAGGCGACCUACGGCGGCGCGCCGAUUAUUCUCCAGAUUUGGUUUCGCGAGGGCUCGUACAAGAAGCUCAAGUCGACGUCCGAGACGCCGUGCUUUGAGGUUGUGGCCAAGAUUGCGUCGAACCGGGCGGCCAAGGCCGAGGCGUACACGCUUGCGCUUGUGGCGGCCAAGUCGGACACGCCGUUCAAGUACCUCGGCGACGAAGACCUGCCGUCGGCGGUGCUCAAGUCGAAGCCCGGCUCGCGGCUGAUGUUUGUGCGCAAGCUGCAGCGGUCAGGCGACGCGGCCGUCAACGUCCGCGAGCUCAACCGCAAGUCGUCGGUCUCGAUUGUGCAGGUCUUCUACGAGGAUCACUACUCGUCGUUCCGGUGCUCGCCGGCAACGACAGCGGCCGAGCUGGCGGAGCAGGUCAUGCGCAAGCCGGUCUUUGCCGGAAAGGACCUCUCGGCGUAUGCGCUGUACGAAAAGGUGGGCGAGCUCCAGCGGCAGCUCGAGCCGUCGGAACUCCCGUCCGACCUCUUUACCAAGUACCAGAGCGAGGGCGUGGUCGUCCAGUUUGUGCUCCGUCACAAGACGCUCGAGCUCGGCGAGUAUGCGUUCAUCGAGGAGCGGACGCGGAAGGAGAAGGUCAAGCUCGAGGACUUUGACCUGCUCAAGGUCAUCGGGCGCGGUGGAUACGGCAAGGUCUGCCAGGUGCAGAAGAAGGACACCGGCGGCAUCUACGCCAUGAAGAUCAUCUCCAAGGCGUCGAUUGUCAAGGAGAAGGACCUGCUCCACACCAAGGAGGAGCAGCGGAUCCUGGCGUCGAUCAAGCACCCGUUCCUCCUCCACCUACAGUACUCGUUCCAGACGCCCGAGAAGCUGUACCUGGUCAUGGACUACAUCAACGGCGGCGAGCUCUUCUUCCACCUCUCGAACGAGGGCUUCUUCCCCGAGGAGCAGGCCAAGUUCUACACGGCCGAACUCGUCCUCGCCCUCGACCACCUCCACUCGCACAACAUCCUCUACCGUGACCUCAAGCCCGAGAACGUGCUCCUCGACGCCGAGGGCCACGUCCGGCUCUGUGACUUUGGCCUGUGCAAGGCCACGGCGUCGACGACCGGCACCCUCUGCGGCACGGCCGAGUAUCUCGCGCCCGAGAUGCUCAAGGGCGAGGGCUACGGGCCCGAGGUCGAUUGGUGGGAGGUCGGCGUGCUCAUGUACGAGAUGCGGACCGGUGCCCCGCCGUUUGUGGCCGAAGAGGGCGAGUCACAGGUCGACCUCUUCCGCAAGGUCCUCUACUCGAACCCGCCGGUCGACCCGGCGGUGUUCUCGGACAACGCAGCCUCGCUUCUCCUCGGCCUCAUGGAGAAGGACCCCUCCCAGCGGCUCGGCUCUAACUCAGUCGAGGACAUCAAGAGCCAUCCGUUCUUUGCCUGCUACGACUGGGACGCCCUUUACAACCGCCAGAUCGAGCCGCCGUUCAAGCCCAACGUCGCCGACGCCUCGUCCACCGCCAACGUCGACGAGGAAUUCCUCAACAUGUCUGUCGCCGACACCCUUGUCGAGCCCUCGGAGCUGUCUUCGGUCGUCCAGGGCUCGGCCUUUGAUGGCUUCUCCUACGUCGCCGACUCUGCCUUUAACAACUGAUACCAAUUA